CGGGUGCGCUUAUAUACUCCGCUCCCCGGGUGGCCAUGGCGGAGCUCGAGGGCUUGAUCGGGCUGGUGUUGUAUGAGAGGUGGCCCCCCUGGUUGUGGUCGUGUGGCGGCGGCGGUGGUGGUGCCGGCGAUGAGCUGCAACGGGUGCCGCGUGCUGCGGAAGGGGUGCAGCGAGGCGUGCGUGCUGCGGCCGUGCUUGCAGUGGAUCGAGGGCGCCGAGGCGCAGGGCCACGCCACCGUCUUCGUCGCCAAGUUCUUCGGCCGCGCCGGCCUCAUGUCCUUCCUCACCGCCGUCCCCGAGCCGCAGCGCCCAGCGGUGUUCCAGUCGCUGCUGUACGAGGCGGCGGGGCGGACGAUCAACCCGGUGAGCGGCGCCGUGGGGCUGCUCGGCGCCGGGAGCUGGCACCUCUGCCAGGCUGCCGUGGAGACCGUCCUCCGCGGCGGCGGCAUCCGCCCGCUCCCGGAGCUCGACGGCGGCCUCCCUGCGGCCGACGGCCGCGACCCGCUCGCUCUCACGGCGAGGCGGGCCGUGGCGGGGUGCUCGACGUUCUCGGCGGCGAAGCGGGCGGCGGCGAGGGCGAACGCGGGGGCGCCCGUCGCGGCGUACGCCUUCCCGGAGCCCUCCUGCGACCUGGGGCUGUGCCUCAGCCCCGGGUCUCCGCCGGCGCCCGGGGAGCGGCGGCCCGGCACGCCGUCGUUGACCUCGGAGGAGUCCGUGACGACGACCAGCGGCGGCGGCGGGAGGGAGCCCGAGCUGCUGAACCUUUUUGUCUGAGAGUUAGCUAGACGGGUAGCGAAGCUCCGGAUCAUGUGCCUUUCGGCGGUGUACUUUGCUGGAUCCCGGCGAAAAAUGUUUGCUACCCCCUCGCCGGCGAGGUAUCCGUAGUCUCCUUCCCUUUUUGGGCGCGUGCGUGGAAACCGCCGAGCGCCGGUGCCGGCAGUUCUGCCUGCCGCCCGUCCCGUUAACUUGAAAACUUCUUUUGUUCCUUC